AUGCUGUCUCAUCUCAUAUUCGCUGGCCUCGUUGCGCUGGCUGCGGCGCUCCCCACCGCAGAUCUCGAGGCCUGCCCAGCCCCCAUGCCAUGUGCUAGCUACACUUUGAUGAACACCCGGGGUACCUCUGAGCCUCAAGGAGAGUCCCUUGGGUUCACAGCUAUCAAUGCGAAUGUCAGCGCGGCACGACCUGGAGGGAAGAUUUACAAUGUUGUGUAUCCUGCGGACUGGGACCAGAACUCGACUGCCGCUACCGAAGAUAUAAUCAACCAGAUCCACUCGACUCUCGCCACCAACGCAGACGAGUGUUUUAUACUCGAGGGAUACUCCCAGGGCGCCACAGCCACCGUCGACGCGCUUGGCAACCUGACUGACGCCGCCUUUGCCGCCGUUAAAGGCGUCUUUCUCAUCGGCGACCCGGUCCACAAGGCAGGGCUCGCCUGCAACGUCGACAUGGCCGGUGGUAAUUCUACUUUCGAUGUAGACGGGGUGUUCAUUGCGGCCGGUCUCAAAGCAGGUAUUCCGAGUGAUUGGGUCCCAAAAACACUCGACGUGUGCAACUAUGGCGACGGAAUCUGUGAUACCAAACACGGCGACGGAAUCACGAUAGAACAUAUUGAGUAUAUAAUGGAUGAAGGCGUGCACAAAUUGGGAGCCGAGUUCAUCUUGAAGCAACUUCAAGGGAAGUCUACCCUUUAG